UCUGUCUCUCCAUGAUGCCACAUUUCCCCGCCUGAGCCCGCAGCAGCUCCACCAUCAAACACGGCUCAGUCAAUGUAAACACAAAACGUGGUGUCUUUUCUACAUAUAUGCAUCAAAACCUAUCGGGGCCAGCUUCUCGGAUCCUUCUUAGGUUUUAUAAAAGAUCGGUCCGAAGCACAGAGACCGGCGUUUGGCUGAGGCAGAACCUGUUCCUCUUAAUCUGUUCCCUGUUGCUUGGUCACUAUGGCAACUGAAGAGAAGAAGCCAGAAACUGAAGCGACUAAAACACAGGCGUCCUCUGCUGCGUCCGCCAGCCAGAGCAAGUCAGCACCUGUGAAGCCCAACUACACUUUGAAGUUCACGUUAGCUGGCCACACAAAAGCAGUCUCAUCUGUCAAGUUCAGCCCAAGUGGAGAAUGGCUUGCCAGCUCGUCUGCUGAUAAGCUCAUCAAAAUAUGGGGAGCCUAUGAUGGAAAGUUUGAGAAGACAAUAUCUGGGCACAAACUUGGUAUUUCGGAUGUGGCCUGGUCCUCUGACUCCAACCUCCUUGUCUCUGCAUCUGACGACAAAACCCUGAAGAUAUGGGAUGUGAGCUCUGGAAAAUGUCUGAAAACCUUAAAGGGCCACAGCAACUAUGUGUUCUGCUGUAACUUCAACCCCCAGUCCAAUCUCAUAGUAUCUGGAUCAUUUGAUGAGAGCGUUCGAAUAUGGGAUGUUAAGACAGGGAAGUGUCUGAAGACUUUGCCGGCCCACUCUGACCCUGUCUCCGCAGUCCAUUUUAACAGAGAUGGAUCUUUGAUUGUUUCCAGCAGCUACGAUGGACUUUGCCGUAUUUGGGACACAGCAUCAGGCCAGUGCCUUAAAACGCUCAUUGACGAUGAUAACCCUCCUGUGUCCUUUGUGAAGUUUUCCCCCAACGGCAAAUACAUUCUGGCUGCCACACUGGAUAAUACCCUGAAGCUUUGGGACUACAGCAAAGGAAAGUGCUUGAAAACGUACACCGGUCAUAAAAACGAGAAAUACUGCAUAUUUGCCAAUUUCUCAGUCACAGGCGGCAAGUGGAUUGUCUCUGGCUCAGAAGACAACAUGGUUUACAUCUGGAACUUGCAGACCAAGGAGAUCGUACAGAAACUACAGGGUCACACAGAUGUGGUGAUCUCAACUGCCUGCCAUCCCACAGAAAACAUCAUUGCAUCAGCAGCACUAGAAAACGACAAGACCAUCAAACUGUGGAAAAGCGACUGCUAAGCUAUGCUAAUAUAUGCUUGAGCAGGCUUAUUUUAUUAUUGUAUUUUUUGUUGUUUCUUUUUUUAAUUUUGUACUUUUCAUUUUUGGGGGAAGAAGGACUUCUAUCAUCAAAAAGAUGACACCAGGCUGUCCGUGCUGGUGAUAGCUUGAUCUUGGUCGGCAAGAAGGAUGGAUGAUGGUAUAAGCACAUGUCCAGAGCACCCAACACACCACUCCUGUUAACUGUUUCUGUGCACUAAAACAGUCUCCACUCUCUCUAUCUCUCGCUGCCUUACCCCAACAUAAGCUGGAUGUUUCCUUCUUUUUCUCCAAUUAAACCCUCAAAGCUCCCACUUGUGUACUCUGGCAAACCUUUACACUUUGGUCUUUUAGAUCUAGGCAGCUUUGACCGAACAACCCACUGCUCUGCUAGCCUAGGACAGCUUUUUCACUCGUUUUGUAGAAUGACACUAGUCUUGUGUUGAUUUCGUACAUUAACUUCAGCCAGAAGUGAGCCUUGGGUGCAUAUUUAGUGGUCAUCUUACGGAUUAAAUUGUCUACCUGCUUUUUUU